AUGUCGGUGGAAGAAAGAAAGGACGGUCCGAAGCAGGAAAAAAUCCGCAACAAUCUAACGAAAGAUUUGGAAACUGUUGUAAAAGCAGCGAUUACUUCUCCAUAUUCAUCAACCGAAAACAUCCCCAGCGAAAUUACCCAAAACCUCUGCAAUUCAAUCGAAGCAAUUUUCAUUCAUGGUUUACGUGAUCCGUUUUUCUUAAAAGGAACGAGAUAUUCGAAAUAUCCAGAACCGAAUUUUUGGCCUUUUGUUUCAAAGUAUUCCCAUAAGGACAUAAUAUUUCAAAUUACCCGACAUCAACAAAUCAAAACUGAGAUCGGAAAGAGUCGCGCAUGGAUUCGAAUUAUUUUAAAUGAGAAUUCAUUGAAUCAUUAUCUAGAUUUGCUUUCGGCUGAAAAAAAUGCAAUACAGCAAUUUUAUGGUGAAGAAGCUUUCCUUCGCUAUCUAGGUGAUAACGAAUACUCGGAACGAAUUCGUGGAAUUCUUAAACCUCUAUCUAAACUUCCUAUUUGCGCUGCCACUAAUAGCUCAUUUCUUAAUACAUGGACCCCAACCCCGUUAAUUUUGGCAGGAUUGAUGGACGGAAAACCAUUGAAAGUUGGCACACUCCAAUCUCGCCGUAAUCCGCGCAAAGGUAGUGAAACAGAAGAAAUUGCGAUAAGUGCGCUUGACGUGCUUGUACCCGAAGAAGAUCAUGAUAUUGGGUCUCCGAACCGAUUAAGAAGGAAACGAUUAGUCAGCCGGGCAACUCAACGUAUGUCCUCAAAUAGUGAAGAUGAUGAUAGAUCAUCGACAUACUCACAUCCGUCUCUCUUGGAUACAGGAGAUAUGGGAUAUCAGCAUGCCGCUUUUUCGUCCAAAGUGAACAUCCCGCCUUCCUCCGCCAUUGAUUGUUACUCGUCGAAAAAAACGGCCUUCAAGGAGCUCGAAAUCGCGAAGUUCGAGCGAGUCGGCUUCGCGAGAAGAGAUUAUUUCAAAUCGAGAAUCAAGAGCAAAUAG